AUGACGAAUAGGACCAUCAUGUCGACGCUUCGUGCCGAAAAUCUCCCAAUCAUCCGCAUUCUCCUCGGCAGUGUCCUCGUCUUACCACUGUUCUUCAUCAUCGGUUUCUAUCUCUGGGUGACACCUAGUACUUUGAAGGAUUCUCGUCGGAAGCAUCUCCCUCCGGGCCCUCGAGGGUUGCCAUUCCUCGGAAACUUUUUCCAAUUAUCUGAUGCCGAAACAUUUCGCUUUCAAGCACAAAAAUGGGCGAAGCAAUAUGGAGAGGUCUUUUACACCAAAAUGGGAGGAGCAGAUUACAUAUAUCUUUCUUCACCAACGGCAGUCAAGGAAUUGAUGGAUAAGAAAUCUGCCAUCUACUCAUCAAGACCACCAGCACCUCUCGCAAGCGAUGUCGCAUCUGCUGGUCGACGUCAACUCUUCAUGCCUUACGGGCCAAAGUAUCGGGUCGUGCGAAAGAUUGCUCAUUCGUUGCUGAACAUUACUGUCUCGACAAGCUAUCAGCCGAUUCAAGACCUGGAAUCCAAGCAACUGAUGUACGACCUCCUGCACGAUCCCGAACAUUUUUAUGAUCACAACCGACGAUAUUCAGCUAGUGUCAUUCUUACCGUAGCAUACGGUCAUCGCAUGGCAGAUUGGGACAAUCCACUUGUGAAGAAGAUUUACAGCGUGGUCAACAAUCUCCAACAGUUCUCGGCGCCCGGUGCAUUUCUCGUUGAUACAUUUCCAUCACUUCGACACUUCCCGCAAUGGAUGUUUGGCAAUUGGAAAUCCUUUGGCCAGAAAUGCUUUGCCCAUGACUCAGUGGUCUACCUCAAGCUCUGGGGAGAUCUUAAAAAAGAAGUCAAUGAAGGAAAAGCGAACCCAUGUUUCGCCAAGGAUUUCUACCUUAGUGAUCCUGAAAAGGUCGGAUUGGAUUCUCUGCAGGCAGCAUAUCAAACAGGGGGUCUGGUCGAAGCAGGCUCUGAAACAACAUCAGCAUUUCUCAAUUCAUUCAUCUUGACCAUGACAUGCAACGCGCGAGUCAUGCAAAAGGCUCAAGAGGAAAUUGAUCGUGUUGUGGGUGAGGAAAGGUUACCAACUUGGGCGGAUGAGCCGAAUUUGCCCUACUUGAGAGCGAUUAUCAAAGAACUGCUCAGAACCAGGCCACCCAACAAAUUUGGUAUGCAACACUACACAACGGAGGAUGAUUGGUAUAAUGGCAUGUUUAUUCCGAAGGACACGGUGGUUGUUUUAAACUGGUGGGCAAUCAACUACGAUCCAUCCCAUUGGGACCGACCAGAUGAAUUCAUGCCCGAACGUUAUAUUGGAUACGAUCUUCCUGCUGCAUCUUAUAUCAAUAUCGCCGACCCAAAUCAACGAGAUCACUUCUCGUAUGGGGCUGGAAGGAGAGUGUGUCCAGGUGUUCACGUGGCUGAGAAGUCAUUGUAUUUGAACAUUGCACGUGUAUUAUGGGCUUUCAAUAUCAAGAAGAAAAUUGGUAAGGAUGGAAAUGUGAUUGAACCAAACAAAGCAAUGGUUCCUGGCUGGAUGACAAUCCCACAGCCUUUCGAAUGUGACAUUACCGUGAGAUCGGAGAAGAAGAGGCAAUUAGUUGAUCAAAUUUGGGCCGAUGCGAAGAAAGGACUGGAACAGAAAGGCUGA